GUCGCUCCACCUUUUCUCUGGAGUGGCAAUUGAUGCUGGCGGGCGCUGGCUGCUGGCGGUUGAGCUCCGGCUGUGGCUCAGUGGAUGGGGCGCGGUUCUUUGCCAACACCUAUUGUCAAAAAGGAGGGACAAAAAAAACUAAAAUCAACCAGCUUGUGGAUGGACAAAUACAGCGGGUUCCUGGUUCUACUGGCGACUGUUCCGGAUAAAAUCCAAUGGAGUCCCCGGGUAUUGUGGUCCUGGUGGCAGCCUCUGCGGCCAAUAGGGUCCCUUUUAGGUUCUCGUUUGUCCGUCCGUCCGUCUAGUCUUUGGGGUUUUCUGAUGUGCUGCUUUCUCAGCACCGUAAGGUCAACAUUGGCUGAUGGGCAAGGAAAUAUCCUCUACUAUCCACUACCUAACCUAACUAUGAGCUCAUGCUUAGGUUACUCUAUAGAACCCAACCAAAGGAAAAAACUUUUUUUUAACAAAAAUAAAUCCGUUUAUGGUCAGAGAAACUUUUUGGACUACCUUAUGGACACUGGGGUAUGCGACAGCGUCUAG